AUGGCUGCUACUCGACCUCGGGCUGGCAGUUUCUCACGCAACCUUUCUGCUUCUAGUACGGUGUCACAGAUUCCCGGGCUUAAGCAUGGCCCGAAUGGGACCAUGUUCCUCUCAUCCGGCAUCCCGGAUUUCGACAAAAUUUUGGGUGGUGGGUUUGCUUUGGGGAGUCUUGUGAUGGUUAUGGAAGACCCUGAGGCGCCACAUCAUAUGUUGUUGUUGAGAAAUUUUAUGUCUCAAGGACUGAUUCACCAUCAACCGCUUGUAUACGGGAGCCCAGCUAAUGAUCCGAGAGGGUUUCUUGGUACCUUGCCUAAUCCGAUGGCUUCGAAGGAUGAUAAGUCUCAUGUGCAUGAAACGGAGCAGGAUAAAGGGUUGAGAAUUGCUUGGCAAUACAAGAAAUAUUUCGGGGAACAUAAUUCGGAGUCUCAGAGAGAUGGAAAGUCAGAAUAUUGUAGUGACUUUGAUUUGCGGAAGCCCUUGGAGAGGCACUUCUUUAGUGGACAAAAUAUUGAUUGCGUGAGCCUUAGAAAUUGUUCAGAUUUAGCAACAUUUCAAGAACGUUGUUCGAGCUUUUUACCUCAAGUUCCUCGGAACACUGGGAACAUAACAGGUAUUCGAAUUGCUAUUCAGUCACUGUGUUCUCCGCAGUGCGAAUAUUCAAACAAGGAAUGGGAAAUACUUUCUUUUGUAAGAUCUCUAAAAAGUAUGUUGAGAUUGUCGAAUGCGGUGGGCAUUAUAACCUAUCCGCCUUCACUUGUUUCAACAAAUUUCUCGAAAAGGCUGCAGCAUUUGGCUGACACCUUAGUUUCUGUGAAAGCAAUUCCAGACGAAGACAAGGAACUAGCUAAGCUUCUUACAGGAUAUCAGGAUAUGGUUGGCCUUCUUAGCGUUCAUAAAGUGGCUCGUAUUAAUACACAGGUCCCGAUCAUUCUGGAGGCAACAACAUUCUCAAUGAAACUGCAAAAACGGAGAAUGUUGAUUUUGGAAUGCCUAAACCAAGCCCCUGUGGAUGGUUCAAGUGGUACUUCUUACUCUUCCUCUGGAAGUUGUUCUGGGUCUUCGAAGACAGGAUCUCUCGACUUUUAG